AUGAUGCAAAACAAAAUUCAAUUGGCAAAUGAUGGAGUUAGAGACUGGAGAAAUCUCAGUGCCAGACUUAAAAGUCAUGAAACAAGUAGUGAACACAUUGUUAACAUGAAGAGUUGGAUUGAAUUAGAGAUCAGAUUACGACAAAAUGCGACAAUCGAUAAAAGUGUUGAAGAACAAAUCAACAAAGAACGAGAACAUUGGAGAAAAGUACUAUUGAGAGUAGUUGCUGUUGUGAAAACACUUGCUAAAAAUAGUUUGGCAUUUCGUGGAGAUAAUGAGAAGCUUUAUGAUGAAAAUAAUGGAAAUUUUUUAAGUAUAAUAGAAAUGAUUGCCGAAUUUGAUCCAAUAAUGAAAGAGCAUGUUCGUCGAAAUCAGGAGAAAGAAAUUCAUUAUCAUUAUCUUAGUCACAAAAUUCAAAAUGAAUUUAUUCUUCGAAUAGCAGAUGAGAUCAAAAGUUUAAUCAUCCAAAAUAUUAAAGAAGCAAAGUAUUUUUCUGUUAUUCUUGAUUGUACUCCGAAUGCAAGCCAUGAAGAGCAAAUGUCACUUAUAUUAAGAUGCGUGAAUAUUUCAACAAGCCCAAUAAAGAUGAAGGAGUUCUUUUUAGGAUUUUUAAAGGUGGAUGAUACAUCAGGACAAGGACUUUUUGAAGAACUUGUAAAUAUUUUGCAAGAGCUUAAACUUGAUAUUGGUGAUGUAAGAGGACAAGGGUAUGAUAAUGGUUCUAAUAUGAAAGGAAAACAUAAAGGUGUACAAAGAAGAUUAUUAGAGAUAAAUCCUAGAGCAUUCUACACACCUUGUGGUUGUCAUAGUCUUAACCUUGCACUUUGUGAUAUGGUAAACUCUUGUUCGCAAGCUUCAUCUUUUUUCGGAGUGGUGCAGCGCAUAUAUUCAUUGUUUGCAUCUUCUACAAAGCGGUGGAAAGUUCUUACAGAUAAUGUUAAAGGUUUCACACUUAAGCCACCAUCACAAACUCGUUGGGAAGGUCAAGUUGAAAGUGUUAAAGCAAUAAGAUUCCAAGCUCCAGAUAUAAGAGAUGCUUUGAUUUACUUAGCAAGUUCUAGUGAAGAUCCCAAGACAAAAAGUGAUGCUGAGUGCUUAGCAACAUAUGAAAUUGAGAAUUUUGAGUUCUUACUUGGUAUGGUUAUUUGGUUUGAUAUUUUGAAUGCUAUUAACAAAAUAAGUAAAAUCAUGCAAUCAGAAGAUAUGCAGAUUGAUGUUGUUAUAGACCUUUUAAGAGGGCUCAUUUCUUUUUUUGAAAGGUACAGAGAAAAUGGAUUUGAAGCAGCUAUGGUUGAUGCUAAAGAAAUUGCAGUUAGAAUGAAAGUUGAACCCAUUUUUUGUGAACGUCGCAUCAUUCGUAGAAAGAAACAUUUUGAUAAAAAUGCUAGUAAAGAUAUGGCAAUGACAGCUGAAGAAUCCUUUAGAGUCAAUUACUUCAUACAUAUCGUUGAUCAAGCUCUUUCUUCACUCAAGAGUAGAUUUGAAUAG